ACCUGAAAGCAUCAAAAUUGAGACGCCGGCCACCCCGUCGACCUGGCCCCACAAUCAGCACUCGCCACGUCAUCCCUAGCAGCUGCUCUAAUCCCACUCAUAUUCUUGCAACCCUGGAUUGCCUACAUUUAAUUCCUCCUCUCCGACAAAAAUCAAGAAAAAGGAUCACAUUUAAUUUUCAGCCCUGCAAUCAAUCACCAAUUCUUCUCCCAAAUGGCUCCCUCCAGGAAGUUCAGGUCGAUGAAGGAGAUCAUGAGGGUGGCGAAGCGUGUGGCAGAGCCCGACUCCAGCGACGACGACGAUGACCAUCUGGUCUGCCAGCAAUGCGGGGAGGGCAAUCGGGCCGAGGAGCUCCUCUUGUGCGACAAAUGCGAGCGAGGCUACCACAUGCUUUGCCUCCGCCCGAUACUCACCCGCCUCCCAAUCGGGCCCUGGUGCUGCCCCGCUUGCUCCGGCGACGUCAAUCGCCCUAUCAAAAGCUUCAAGGGAUUUGCUCGCAAGAAGCUUGCUGAGUUUUUUAAGAUUGAGCACAAUGUUUUCUUCUCAAGGAAAUGCACUCCUUCUCUUCAAGAUGUCAAAAGACGACGCAGGCGAGGUACACUAGUGUUCCAAAAAAAGCGCAGGAGAUUGUUUCCAUACGUUCCAUCAGAGGAUCCAGCAAGAAGACUAGCACAGAUGAGAUCGCUUGCUCUGGCUUUGACAUCUGACAACAUGGAAUUCAGCAACGAUCUCAAUUACAGACCGGGAAUGGCUCCUAGAGAAGCCAAUCAAUCCAGAUUUGAAAUUGGAGGCAUGCAGGUUCUGUCGAAGGAAGAUACCGAGACAUUGAAAUACUGUAGGGCCAUGAGCAAAAGAGGGGAAUUCCCACCUCUUAAGGUGACAUUUGAUCUAUAUGAAGGCUAUACGGUAGAAGUUGACGGGCCUAUAAAGGACAUGACAAUAAUUGCUGAGUACGCAGGGGACGUGGAUUACAUCAAGAAUCGAGAGAAAGACGACUGUGACAGCAUGAUGACCCUUCUUCUUACAAAUGAUUCCUCCAAGAAUCUAAUCGUCUGUGCAGACAAGCUUGGGAACAUUUCUCGGUUUGUCAGUGGCAUAAACAAUCAUACAGUGGAAGGGCGGAGGAAGCAGAAUACGAAAUGCGUGAGAUACAGCGUGGAUGAUGCAUGUGUGGUUCUUUUGAUCGCGACGCGUGAUAUUGCAAAGGGGGAAAGGUUAUACUAUGAUUAUAAUGGCUAUGAGCAUGAAUAUCCAACCCAUAAUUUUGUUUAAGCCUUUCACAUACUAUCUCAGAUAAGACUAGUUGAUUUCAAAUUUUCCUAUUAAGACCACAGUAAU